UGAUGUUAAUGUAAAACGCAGUGGGUCUAUCACAAUAAUUAAUGUAUUACUGUUCUGAUCAUGAAUGGAAUGUCUAGAUAUCAUCAGAAGUUCAGAACUAUGUAUUGCCCUGGAUUCAACCGGAAUGAGGUAAUAUGACGUGACUUAUGUAUAUAAAUAUAAACUAUUUAAUGGGUGAAUUAUUAUGGUGUGGUCAGAAUGAUAUACACCUUGAAUGGAGCAAAAAAAGACGUGUUUUAAUCUCAUUUUUAGUAAGUCUAUACGUAACAGGUACAAAGGAGAUAUAUGAAUACCCGUAACCAUGAAAAGAGUUAAAAACUAACAGUGGAGUAUACGAAAACUGUGGGAACGGCGUUAGAACAGCGAUGAAAAAGUGUGGGCCAAGGUAACGCGAAGCGAAUCGGAGUGAUGACUGACCCGCAGACAGACUGGCUGGCGUGCGGGGCGCGCCGCACAAGGGCCCAGCGGGUGGCCGAGGUGGUUGCGGCACGGGAGGAGGAGCAUCGCCAGCAGCUUAACCUCCGCCGGUGCAGCUCACCCCUUUCUCACUGUCCUCAUUACCGCUGCCGUCUCUCUCCUUUCCUUUGUGGGCUGCGGGAGAUGCUGGAGGAGGAGGAGGCCAGACAUCGGAGGGAACUUCACCAACGCUUUGUCCAGAUCUACGAACAUCAGCGUGUGGCGAGGAUGGAGGCGGCAGAGAGGGAGAAGAAUACGCAGGAGGAGGAACGGAGAAGACAGGUGAGGCUGGCGGAUGAGCAGCGCAGGAGGGAGCACUGCCAUGUUUACAGAGAGGAGUACUCGAGGCAGCUCCAGCAGUACCUCAACGAAACUCGGCCCUUGGAGAUACAGCUGAGGAACCACUUGAGGGAGAGGUACGGACCACCGCCCCCGCCUGGCCACAGACUCUAACCCACCACCAUUAACUGCAAGGAGUCUGGAGUCUUUGAUUUACUCCACCCCCUGUAAGAAGAACCCUACGGUGGUGUAACUUUUUUUUUUUGGGGGGGGGGUGAGGCAAGGGGAGGUGUGUCCUCCACCUAGGAACAAAAUAAAAUACAUGACCAAUCAUUGGCUUCUUUAUUACUUUAAAAACCAGUUUAAGAAACAAUGAGUUGCCACUUUCUUUUAAUAUACACACAUAAUUUAUUCACACGAAAAAAAGGAAAAAUUUUUCUGCUUCAAGGUGUGGAUGGUAACAUGCUUUGGAGCAUUAUACAUGAGGUGAUGCAUUGAUGAGUAUGAUAACAUUAAGCCUCUAUCUGAGAGUCUUGUUGGUGAAAUGAUUCAUAACUUUGAUGCAGAUCAACAGAAGGCGCCAAAAUGUAACACAUACAUUGGGAAUAACAUACAAAACAAUAGUCGUUUGCCACCUUUCCUGAAGCGCUGCUGAGCCCCUGCAUGUAGACUGUCGGCGAGCAGGCGCGCAUGCAUUCAAUAAACAAUAAUGAUUUGAAAAGAACACAUGGGAAACAAAUCUAUUAAUUCAAACGUAGUCAACCACUCUUAGCACUCGGUUAGGUGUUCCCUCCGUCAAAAGCAUAAACAAAGGCUUCUCGAUGUUUUUGUGGAUCGUAUGAGACAUGAGAACAUUGGAUAUCCCAUUCAUAAAAAAACACCACGUAGCUCUCUUUACGUUAUACCACAAGAAGCGUCACAAAAAAUAUUUAUUUCCAUAGCGUAUUCCCCAAAUUUGGCAUAUUCUAGUUACCAACAGAGGAGAAAGUUAUUCAAAUGGGUGGGGAUUGUCGUAUGUGUCCAUUACGCUACGUUCUGGUCGGGGAACUGGUUUUGUAAAGCCUCCGCCUUAUGCUUAUUGCGGAAGAGACAACUUGGAGGCCACCAAGCUCGCCGCCAGCUUGCCGAGGCUGCAUAAUGGCAGCAGUAACGAAUGGCAAACACAGUGGUUGUGUAAGCAGGACUACAUCCAUUUCGACUUAUCUUGUUACAUCAUUAACUAACACUAUUGUUUCAUGGCUUAGGCAUUUUGAUCAUUACAUGCAGACAACUUGAAAAAACUCAGGUCAUCAGCGACGCCAUAAGGAAGGUGGCGGGGAUAAUGAGACUAGUUGACUGGCGGAGAAUAUAAAAUGACUAAAACCAGUGACUAACAUGACUGAAUCAAUGAUUAACCUAACUAACACCCCAGCUCGCCUGCACUGUGAUGGAGACGACUCGCUACACAGACGUCCUCCACUAACCUAACCAAGGUUCCCCAAGAGUUAGGUUAACCGAUACGCAGCAUAGGGUACCGAUCGGGGGUGGGGGUGGGGGGGGGGGGUGCGUAACGUCAAAAUGACGAAGCCCGCGCCCCGGAUGAAGCUCCCCCCGGCCGAGGCCGGGGGCGGAGCUUGAGGCUGAGGAGGCAGGAGUAGAGGGGAGGGAGGGGGGUGAAGAGAGGUGACGACAUGAAAUAUAUAAUGGCAGAGCUUGAGGCUGAGGAGGCAAGAGUAGAGGGGAGGGAGGGGGUGAAGAGAGGUGACGACAUGAAAUAUAUAAUGGCAGAGCUUGAGGCUGAGGAGGCAGGAGUAGAGGGGAAGGUGGGGGGUGAAGAGAGGGCACGGCAUGAGCUCACGGGCUGAGAUGAAAAAAAUAUCAUCUAACAUUCUAGUCUUAUGUAUGUUUUAAGUACAUUAGUUUAUUUCGUAACUCAGUUUUGAACGUGCGACAGAAUAAUAAUAAAAAAAAAAAGGUUGAAAGGAGGGUGGGAUUAGAGUGUGGAGGCGCUAGCAUGGUGCUGUGCUUGCUCGCGGGCCCAGGCGCGGCCCGCCAGAUCUUGCGCGCGCCUGACUGAGCCGUGCCGAGCCCGGUGUGGUCAUGAGACGUCCGGCUAUAAUAAGACAUCCUAUCCUGAUCUGCGCAUGUGCAGAAACCAAUGUUUACAAACAAAGAGUAUUGAUAUCGUCGUUUGUCCCAGGCAAGAUGGCGGCAAGACACCAUGGCAGCUUUUUUGACAUACAAGGGGUGUAGGUUGUCUCAUUUAUCACAUUUACUGACAUACAAGGGGUGUAGGUUACCUCAUUUAUCACAUUUACUGACAUACAAGGGGUGUAGGUUACCUCAUUUAUCA